GGGACAGUAUUCACUUGAAGAUCUUGGUGCCCAGUGUGGCUGCUGGGGCAAUUAUUGGCAAAGGGGGAGAAACCAUCGCCCAGAUACAGAAGGAAGCCGGUGCCAGGGUGAAGAUGUCCAAGGCAAAUGAUUUCUAUCCAGGCACAACAGAACGAGUGUGUCUAAUCAUGGGUCCACCAGAUGCCGUGAGGCAGGUCAACAAUUUCAUCAUGGAGAAAAUUCGUGAAAAGCCGGAGUCCAUCCCCACGACACCAACAAAACCUGAUGAUGCCAAAAAUAAUUUUGAAAGGCAUCGGCAGGUAAUAGAGGUGAAAGUGUUAAUACCCAACAGCACAGCCGGGAUGAUUAUAGGAAAAGGUGGCAGUUACAUCAAACAAAUCAAGGAGGAAAGUGGGGCUUAUGUGCAAAUUUCGCAAAAAUCUAAAGAGGCCAAUCUUCCAGAGAGAUGUAUUACAGUGGCAGGUGAAAUUGAUGCCAACAUGAAAGCCAUGGACUUGAUCCUGCAGAAGAUUGUGGAGGAUCCACAGAGUAGUAGCUGUCCAAAUAUAAGUUAUGCUGAUUACACUGGGCCUGUGGCCUCGGCCAAUCCCACAGGAUCACCUUUCGCAAACACCCCGUAUCAAGCUCGCAGCACUGAUAUGAUGAAUAACACUGCAGCUGCUUAUCAAAGUCAAGGCUUUAAUUUCGGUACCAAUGGCAACAACUCCUACAAUGGUAUGGGGGGAUUGGCUGGACUGAAUAUGUCCUUGAGCGCCGCCGCCAUGGGUCUUGGGGGUCCCAUGGCAAAUCAAGCUUUGGAAAAUCUGAAGAUGACUCUUCGCAAUGCUGGUUACACAGAGCAGGCUACUGAAGAGAUCAGUACAGCUAUGAACACGCUAGCUAAUUAUGGUAUCUUAGGUAUGGGAAUGGGUGGGAUGAACCAGAUGGGGGGUAACAUGACAGCCGCUGGUCUUGCUGGCAUGCAAGGAAUGCAGAUGGCAGGUGCCACUGGCGGAGCAGCUGGAAACACACCAUUUGGCUCUGCUACAUCCCAAGGGGCUAACAUGUUUGGACCUGUUGGAAGUACCAGCUCUGCCCAGCAGUCUGGUUUGUUUGGAAGCAACUCCCAAAGCAUGGCAGGGGUUGCAGACAGGUAUGGUUCCAGUCAGAUGCUCACCGAUGCCUUUGCCCAGUCAGGAUAUGCUGCAUCAGCUGGUGCUGUCUCCUACCCAUCCCAGGAUAGGUCCCCAGGGGCAGUAACUGUCAACGUGAACCAAAACUCCUUUGGUCUGGGCACUGGCAUGUACAGCCCCUCGGACGACAAGACGGCCACCAAACAGGAGAUGGAGGUCCCAGAAAAUAUAGUUGGUGCCAUCCUCGGGCCUGGAGGCAAAGGCAUCGUGGAGAUCCAGACGUUUACUGGCACCAACAUUCAGAUCUCCAAGAAAGGUGUGUAUGCUCCGGGAACUCACAACCGGGUCGUCAGUAUCACUGGCACAGUGAGUGGAAUCACGCGGGCGCAGUACAUGAUCCAGCAGCGCAUUCAGCAAGAAGAGUACAAACGUGCUCGACAGGCAACAGCUCGUUAA